CCAGGCGGCUCGCGGGCGACAGGCAGCGGCGGGCAGCACGCGGCGCGAGGCGGAGGCCACCAAGACCGGGUGGGCUGGGCGCCCAGGCCACGCCUCCCGGGCCACGUCACAAUGGCGGGGACUGAGAUUUCUGUCCUUCCUGAGCAGUUUACCCAAAUCAAAGAACUGGAGCUGAUACCAGAAAAAAUCCUGUUAGAGGAGGAAGAAGGUGGAGUGUGCAGGGGGAGGGAGCACCUGAGCCCCAGAGAUGGGGCCGUGGAAGCCCAGCGCCCCUACAGGCCCCUCCAGGCCAAGGUGCUGGAGGCCGAGCAGGAGCUGCCGGUCACCACGGAGGAGAGCGAGAAGCACAUUCUGACCCUGCAGACGGUGCACUUCUCCGAAGAUGUGGAGCAGCAAGACAUCAGCUGGCUGACCCCGCAGCACCAGGAAGGGGUACAGGUGAUGGUGCAGCAGGCCAGCAGUGGGCUGCAGUCUCUGCUGUGGCUGGGCGAGGGCUCCCAGCAGUGCAUGGCCUUUAGCAUCCAGGAGGAGGUGUACUCCCUGCAGGAGGUAGAGGUGAUGAAGCUGCACCUUCUGGAGGGCAGUGUGGCCGUGGCCAGUGAAGAGAGUAAGCUUGUGGUGAACCCGGCUGAAAGCACCGGAUUGGUCAAGCUCGAGAAAGGUCAGGAGGAGGACCAGCACCCAGCCGAAGGAAGAUUCGAUGCACAAGCAGGAGAGCAGCUCUUUUUUGUGGAGGCAAAGCCGGGAGAUGAAAGAAGAGACGAAAUCGUUCUGACCAUUUCAAACUUAAACGUGGAAGAAGAAGAAGAAAAACCAGCAUCCGGUCAAGGACAUGUUGAAAAAGCCAAUUCUACAAAAGUCCAAAAAAAGGCGAAGGAAGUAAAACGAACCUUCCGCUGUGAUAUCUGCAUGUACACCUCUUCUCGAAUUUCAAGUUUUAAUCGUCAUAUGAAAAUUCACACGGCUGAAAAGCCCCAUAUGUGCCACCUUUGUCUGAAAGCUUUCCGCACCGUCACUCUACUGAGGAAUCAUGUCAAUACCCACACAGGAACCAGGCCCUACAAGUGUGGUGACUGUGAUAUGGCGUUUGUCACCAGUGGAGAACUUGUCCGACACAGACGUUAUAAACACACUCACGAGAAACCCUUUAAAUGUUCCAUGUGCAAGUAUGCCAGUGUCGAAGCGAGUAAGCUGAAGCGCCACAUCCGCUCGCACACCGGGGAGCGUCCCUUCCAGUGCCUCCUGUGCAGCUACGCCAGCAAGGACACCUACAAGCUGAAGCGCCACAUGAGGACGCACUCAGGGGAGAAGCCCUACGAAUGCCAUGUGUGCCACGCACGCUUCACCCAGAGUGGCACCAUGAAAAUACACAUUCUACAGAAGCACAGCGAGAAUGUCCCCAAAUACCAGUGUCCGCACUGUGACACCAUCAUCGCCAGGAAGAGUGACCUGCGUGUCCACUUGAGCAACUUGCAUACUUACAAAGCCAUGGAGAUGAAGUGCCACUACUGUUCUUCUGUCUUCCAUGAACGCUAUGCCCUCAUUCAGCACCAGAAAACCCAUAAAAAUGAGAAAAGAUUCAAAUGUGAACACUGCAGUUAUGCCUGCAAGCAGGAACGUCAUAUGACCGUCCACAUACGUACCCACACCGGCGAGAAACCAUUUACCUGCCUCUCCUGCAAUAAAUGUUUCCGACAGAAGCAACUUCUAAACGUGCACUUCAAGAAAUACCAUGAUACAAAUUUCAUCCCGACCGUUUACGAAUGCCCCAAGUGUGGCAAAGGCUUCUCCCGCUGGAGUAAUAUGCAGAGACACUUGGCGAAGUGCAGUGCGGGGCCAGGGAAGCCAGCUGCCUCGGGGAAAACAGGAAGGAUGAAGAGCAAGCCGGCCGGCCCGAAAGAGGCGGCAGUAAAGAAAGACGAAGAUGCCGCGAAGGAGGUGUCCGCUGUGGGAGUGCAACAGUACCUGGGAGAGGUGGCUCCUGUCGGCUGCAGGGGCGUCACAGCCAGAAACCAGGGCCUGAACAAAGUGACCUGUGACGGAUAAGUGACAGAGAUUCAGAGCCCGUGUUUAUAGGGGUCAACUCUUCAGCAAGUUAGAAGUUUCAUAGAAUCUCUUUGAAACAAUUAAGUUCAUGACAAUGGAUGGUCUCAGUUUUUCCAAAGUUUGAGGUUAGUGCCAGGAAUUGUUUGCAUGUGUUUUUCACUGGAUAUUUCAAAAAAACAUUGCAGGUAUUUUAUAAAAGGCCUAGAUCUUAAAUUGGAGGAUAAAACCUCAAACCUAUCAAUUCAUUCACUUGAUACUGGCAAGGUGGCCUGCAAUGAAUGGGCAGUGAUUUGGGGGGGAUACUAGUUAUUUCAGUUGUCGUACAGACUCUUUAGUGCUUCAGUGCAAACAGCCAAAGCUGGGACACUAUAUGUUAAAUUGUACACACCCUUUCUAUUCCAAAUAGCAUUUUCUAAACCUAAAAAACUGAUAUUAUAUCCAUUUUAAUACAAAUGAAUUUUCCAUAGAGUUUAAAGUUACUGUAAUGCGUUUAAUUAGUCCUAAAUUCAACAAAAAGAUCUUAGUAGUGUGUGUGGGGGGGAAUGAGUAGAAGAUGGAAUCCUCUAGAUUAGAUGGUAAUGCAUAGUUAUUUUACUUUGAUGUAUGGCAAGGCUCACUUUGAGUUUGUAUUCCUCCUAAAUUAUGUUUUCUGGCAGGUGUGAAAUUUCCCUGGUGAGCUACUGUCACCUACUACUAUACAGUUCAUCACUCUUUUGUUUUGUUAAAACUACUUUGUUGAUACUGUUUUAAAUAAUUAGCAGAGUGAGAAGAAACAUAAUGAAAUGUGUACUGAUAAUGAAAUGUGUACUCGUGGAGAGUUUGUGCUUCGUGUGUCAUGCCCUAGAAUUGGUGAGUAUUUCUCCUUUGCCAGUGGAAGAGACUUUCCUCAGCGUCGAGAAGCCUGCGAAAUGCCUCUUUGGUACUAAUUAACUAGUGCCUAAUUAACUAGUUAAGCAAUUACCUAAUUAACUAGUAACUAAUUAACUAGUAACUAAUUAACUAGUACCCAUGUUUAUAAUGAUAUCUUUUUCAUACUUUUCCUCUUACCUCAGCAGUUGUUUUUGCUCUGAACUUUCCUCCUCCUGGUAUAAAAUCACCCAUAGGUCCCACAUUUCACUUUUUCAGAUUUAUUGAAAUCUAUUUGGCAAAUAAAGUUGUGAGAUAUUAAAAGCGUGCUUCACGAUGAUUUGCUACACAGGUACCUUGUGUAAGGACUCCCCCCUCAUCUCUCAUAUUCUUAAAAUGCUGGCGUGCCAGUCUUCCAAGUCCAAAAGCCCUGUAUAAAGUGAACACGUAGAAGCACUUUCCAGCUGGAAGGGCAUUAUAUUCUUUUCAUGACAGCAUAUUAAUUGAGUGCACGUAAUGAGGCUUAAAUUCUAUAGCCUAUUGUAAGCUAUUAUUGUGACUAUUUGAAUUUUUGUAACACCUUAUUUGUUGUUUAAGGAUAUUUUGCAUAACUUAAUAAAAUGAAAUGACUUAAA